GGAGAACCACAGUACAACACACAACCUCACACACAGACCAACUGUCCUUCAUCUCCAGCCAAAAGCAAGUCCCAGAGAAGCCUGUAGAUUAGCACAUCUAACAGGGAGUUAGUCAACUCUCUCACCUCUCUCUCCACUAUGCUCUACACACACAAGAUUAACAGUCUAAACAGUGGGGAUGUGUAUCUGGUAAAUGUCCAUUGUGAUGUAAAGGAGAAGGACCAGGAGAAGAAGGAGUCCUACCAGGCCACUUGGCUGGACUUGGUGAUGGAAACGAGACCAGAACAACAGACCACAUUAUUUGAAAACGACUCCUCGAGAAAGGAGACCUAUAAGCAGAAACAGGUGGUUAUUUUCUUGGUCCAGAGAAACCCCAGUCAGAGGAUCAAGAUGGGCACAAGGGGUGGGAUGCUGAAGGAGUACCAGCUGCCGUACAAGAACGCCCUCCGUGUGCCCAUCUACACUCCCAGCAAAGCCGCCUCACCCAAAGACCUGUACAGAUCUCCCUCUCCAUCAGAGUACAAGUUUAUCAUGGAGUUUGAGACGAUCGCCAAAGGAGUAUGUUUAGAUAAACAGGAGAUUUUUUAAAUCACUAAGGACUUGCCUAAAGUCUCCCAACCUAUCCGUGUUAACUUCAGGGCAUCUAGUCUUAUAUCCCCAACAUGUGACUUUUCACAUCCUUCAGGGGUUGAAAAGGAAGAAUGAAUGCAGGACGUUGGAGGUCAAAUCAGAGGAAAUUAUUUCAGCAAUGUGUAAAUGGGCAAAGGGAAAGGUGAAGGGAAUUAUUAAUUUCUUUAGAAAGAGACUUUUAACAUAGUUCUGGCUGUGAAAGUUAUGUUGAGGGAGCUGUUAACAUGUGGAAAGGAUAAAGUGAAUUGACAACAUUUUCUUGAUCAGUAUCAUAGAUAUCAUGGUCAGUAUAUUCAACCUAGGAAAGUUUUUUAUUGGCAAACCUCAUGUAGGACCUCUUAAUAAGGUAUUGUCAUGGACAUUAGCUGGUGCUGCGAUACAAGGAAACAGAAGCUAAUGUCUCCAUCUAGUGGUGAAGCAUCUAGAUGGAAAUGAAAAUGCCUUUCCUAUACCUACAUGUAACAUUUUGACUGGUGUACUGUGAUGUGAUCUGUAAUGUAACAAAUACAUCAAAUAAUAAAAAUUAAUCCAAACAAAGGAUUUAUUUAUGGGAUCUCAUCCCCCACCCAUUCA